UCUCAGAAUAUUCACCAAAAUGAUAAAACCUCUUCUCGCAUGGGUAAGAAACCUCAGGAUCAGACUUUCUAUCUACCUAGACGACACAGAACAUACUCAAAUUAUACUUCGAAUAUUAGUGAAACUCAGCUUCAAGAUCAACAUGACCAAGUUCAACCUAAAAGUCAACGAUCUAAGAAGAGAAUAUUUAGCAGUAAUGAAGAAACAAACAAUAUACAUAAGAAAGUUAACCACAAUAAUUGGAAAGCUCUUAGCCACUAUUGGUGCAAUUCUUCUAUCAAGAUUAAAAACUCGAUGGCUAAUAAGAGACAAAAACCUAGCCUUGAUGAAACGAGGUUGAAACACCCAUCUGAAAUUGUCGCCGCAGAGCAUCUAACAACUAGACUAGUAGAUCACAAACUUGGAGAAUUAUGUACUGAAUCAGGAUUGGCUCAAAGAAACUCUAUAAAUGAAUCUACUUUGGAUACUCAUUCCCAAGAUACUAUCCAAGACAAUUAUGUAUCAAGCCAUGCUAUGCCUAAUA